AUGAAGAAUGAGGGUAUCUUUGCUAAAGGAGAUUUCUUCAAGAGAAGAUCUUGGGAUUUAUUUGGAAAUGGUAUCAUCAAUGCUGAUGGAGAUUUAUGGAAAGUACAGCGAAAAGCUGGUUUGAAUUUCCUCAAUGUUGCAAAUUUGAAAGUUCUUACCGAGGUUGCUCUUCCACGGUAUCUUGGAGAGACAUUGGACCAGCUUAGAUUGAAAAAAGGCAAGGUUGUUGAUUUGGGAGCUGUGUUUCAUGAAUUAACUACGAAGCUUAUGGGCAGGAUGGCAUACGAUAUGGAUAUGCGUUCCGGUGAUCCAUUCUCAUUAGCGUUUGAAUACGCAUCUGGAGCUACUGGUGAAAGGUUUCAAAACCCUCUUUGGCCUAUCACAGAAAUGAUAUUUGGUGGUCGUUUUAGAUCAUCAAUAGCAAAGGUUAAAGCAUUUGGUGCUGAAAUCGUGUCGAAUGCUGUCAAGGCUAGGCAAGAACAAAAGAAAAAGGGUGUUGAAAGAAGCUCCAUAGAUUCUAUCUCUGGUAGUUUGAUCAAGUCUCUAUUGGAUUCAAUUGAUGAUCAUCAAAUGGUAGCUGACGCAGCUCUGAAUUAUCUUUCCGCUGGUCGUGAUACUACUGCACAAGCAUUGACUUGGGCCUUUUAUCUUCUCAUGCGACAUCCAAAAGUCAUGGACAAAGUACGGCAAGAAAUAGUAUCUCUGAAUAACGACGAUCCACAUAGCGACUCAACAUCAUACCAACCUAUAGUCGUUCCAUAUGUCAUGGCUGUUUUCUAUGAAACCUUAAGACUUUACCCACCGGUGCCUUUUGAAAUCAAGCAAUGUGAGCAAUCGACCACAUUACCUGAUGGAACAUUUCUUCCAAAACACGCUGUACUUCUUUGGUGUCCAUGGGCAAUGAACAGAUCCAAAUCAACUUGGGGUGAGGAUGCCGAUGAUUUUAGACCUGAGAGAUGGUUAGAAGAUGGAGUACUGAUUUCAAAGCCUGCUUUUGAGUAUCCGGUAUUUAAUGGAGGACCACGUACUUGUCUAGGAAAGAAGAUGGCAGAAAGUGUGGCUGCACAAGUAAUUGCGACCCUAGCGGUCAAUUUUGAUUUCUCUCCAAUUGAUCAGAAAGAAAGAAUUAGUAAGAAUAGUCUUACUUUACCAAUGGAGGGUGGUCUGCCGUGUAGAGUGAAUGACUAUCUUAGCUCUGCAUGA